CAGGAUCUGGGAAACAGAAACUUGACGCUGCUGUCUACAAGUACAACUUGGGUCUAUAACUCCAAAAAGCCAAGAUGCCAGAGACAGGAGAAGCUGUGUCAGCCAUUCUCACCACCAACAGAAACUGCACCAUUGAAAUAAUCAAUGUCAGCAGUAACUACUGUCUCAUCAACCCUAAGGUGUACAUGACGAGUGGCUUCUGUCACCACCCUCCCCAGCCUACGGUUCGUACAACCAUGACCGAAGUGUGCUCCUUCACCAAGGAUGACAACACUGCCACAGGCGCUGUUGGCCUGCUCACCUAUGACCUGUUCCACAUGAAGAGCCGGGUUUGCUCUGAGCGCGUGGCCAUCAUGUUCUCUGUACCCUUUGACCACAGCCUGUACAAAAACCGGCUGGCCGUGGGUGUGGUUGACCAGUCCUGUGCCUGUGACAAAAAGCUGUAUGACCAGAUGUAUGAGGGGAAAGACCUCAGUCACUUCAUCUGUGCUGAGACAAAUGGCAGUGGGCUGGAAUUUAAAGCAGCAAAUGUUGAUUUGAGGGCUACUAUGUCAAACAUUGGCAAAGCCAUUGUUAAAAUUGAGCUCUUUGAUAAAAUGGGCCGUUAGUACUUUCUUGUACUUUGUUGCUACUGUACCCACAGAAUAAAUACACUUCAUUUGAUUUGAGUGCUGUUGUAAGUUUUCAUCCAGGGAAACAUCCAGAGGAGAGGAAGACUGAUUUUGCUGUCAUCCUUAGUUUGUGUUCAGUGAGAGAUAUCAAAAUCUGACAGCCAGCUCAAUGAUUCUCCAUUAGUUUAUGCCCUGCACUUAUGUACAUUGUGCACUCCCUUUUCUUUGAUUGUGGCAAUAAAACAUUCA